UCCUUCGAAUGACCAAAACCUCCCUAACAAUUUUGUCGUAUCAUAAUUGGAUUGGUCCGAUUUUUCAAAGUGUCGCUGUCUGUGGGUUAAACGAAAGCGCAUUAGCUGCUGCUCAACCCCAUCAUCUGAAUGCUGUGGAUCUGAGCAAGUUUCUGAAAAGGGCUUCGGCAAAUCCAUCUGAAUUGGACCCCCAACGCCAAAGGAGGUUACUUUAUUCAGGGGUGCAAAAAUACACAGGCCAUUUGAAUGGGUAUUUUGUCUGUCAGCACUUGCAGACGUUCUCUUCUGAAGCUGAAGCCUUCAGCAAGACAGCCCUUGCUACUGAAGUGCAUCAGACAUAGCUGGAGCCUUCUGUAAGACAACAGUCACUACUGGAGGUUAUAUGAUGGACUUUUGCCAAACAUAUUAAUUGAGGGGUUCUUGAGCAAGUGCCUUUCACUUGGAAGAUGAAAGGUGGAUUUAACUAUAAAAUGCUGGGGAGACCAGUCUCUGUCACUUUGACUGCUCUUGUUUGUACAACCAUAUUACUUUUGGUUUGGGAGAAAAAUCCUAUUGCGGAUACUCUACUAUUGGCCCGAGAACAUUUUCCAAUUCCUUCGAUAGAUUUUCUGGAGGACUCCUCCUCAAAAUCUUUGAAGACAGAUGAGAAUGUUCAAGGGAAGGAUUCAACUUCUGUAAUAAUAGAAGCAAAAGAAAUUGAAAAUUCUGGUGCUGCACCAGUUCAAGGGAAGGGUUCACUUUCUAUUAUAAUAGAAAAAACAAACAAAACUCAAAAUUCUGGUGCUGCACCAAUUCAAGAGAAUUCACCUUCUACUACAAUAGAAGAAACAAACAAAAUAGAAAACUCUGGUGCUGCACCAACAGAUUUUGUAUCUUCUCCUGGAGUGCAUGAACGUAAUUCGAAUGCGACAUCUCCUUACCAACCUAAAGUCUGUAAUUAUGCCAAGGGUAGAUGGAUUCCAGACAGCAGGCGACCAUUGUAUUCUGGGUUUCAUUGUAAGCAAUGGUUAUCAGCAAUGUGGGCUUGCAGACUGACACAACGACCAGAUUUCUCUUUUGAGGGAUACCGGUGGAAGCCAGAAAGUUGUGAAAUGCCAGAGUUCGAGCGAUCUGCAUUCUUGAGAAGAAUGCAGGACAAGACAAUUGCUUUUAUAGGAGAUUCUUUGGGCCGACAGCAGUUCCAGUCUUUAAUGUGUAUGGCAACCGGCGGAGAAGAAAGCCCAGAAGUGCAAAAUGUGGGAAAAGAAUAUGGCCUUGUCAAACGUCGUGGAGCUAUUCGUCCUGAUGGCUGGGCCUAUCGAUUUCCAAAGACCAAUACCACCAUUUUGUAUUACUGGUCAGCAAGCCUCUGUGAUCUUGUGCCGCUUAACAGCUCGAACCGAACCACUGAUAUUGCGAUGCAUUUGGACCGUCCUCCAGCUUUCAUGAGGCAGUACCUUGAUCGGUUUGAUGUGUUGGUUCUUAAUACAGGGCAUCACUGGAAUAGGGGAAAAAUUAAUGGAAAUCGGUGGGUAAUGUAUGUAGAUGGAAAACCCAAUGAAGAUAAAAGGCGUGCACAAAUUGACAGAGCAAAGAAUUUUACCAUACAUAGUGUUGUCAGGUGGCUUGAUUCACAACUUCCAUCGCAUCCCCACCUCAAAACAUUCUUUAGGACCAUCUCACCAAGGCAUUUCUUUAAUGGUGACUGGAACACUGGGGGAUCCUGUGAUAAUACUACUCCGAUGUCUGGAGGAAGUGAAGUGGUCCAAGAGGGAUCAAGUGAUUUAAUCAUUGAGUCUGCUUUGAGAGGUACAAAGACAAAGAUUUUGGACAUCACUGCUCUUUCUCAAUUGAGGGAUGAAGGUCAUGUAUCCCGCUACACCAUUAGAGGAACUGCUGCUGUAAAUGAUUGCUUGCACUGGUGCCUACCUGGAAUUCCAGACACAUGGAAUGAAAUUCUUAUUGCACAAAUAUAGGCUGGGACUUUGGGAAGAAGAAACCAAAUCUGCCAUUCUUCAGGGUAAUACCAAUUGUUUUCUGGUAUUAUUAUUAUUUUUUUAAUAUUAUUUUUUCACAAGUUUCAUAGUGUUGAUAGAAAUACAAUAGGGAAAGCUUCUACUUGAAUUCCAGUUAUUAAAUUGAAUGCUAGUUGUUGAUAUAGGCAAAGUUCAAACAAUGAGGGUGUUCACCAAAGAUCGGUUUAUACCCUCAAGAGUCCUGAGGAUCUGUGGGUAGCAGUCUGCCUGUUGUAUUGUAUGUAACAUAACAACCAUUAUUAUCAUGGUUGCUGCUAAUCUAAUGAUGGAAGAGUUUUCCUGAUUC